AUGACCGUCCCCAACAUUGGGGACAUCUUGGUGCUGUCGCAAAAGGCUUGGAAGAUUGGACGCACCUUUUCUGCUUGCCAAAAGAAUGCACCAGUGGAGCUUCAAUAUGUUGAGACGGAAAUUGGCAGCCUCGCAAAAUCACUGGCAUCGUUGGCAGAGACGCUGCACGCGGAGUCCGUGCGGCAGUUGUUACAGGACGCUGACCAGGAAAUAAAAGACGGCGUUGGCACCAUCCUAAGGUCUUGUCAACGGACUGUAGAUGAUCUUGACUCGCUGAUCGACCAAUACCAAGUCAUCAAGAAGCACCGCACAGUUGGAGGGUUCGCAAUCGAGCGCUCGUGGAGCGAUCUGGUAUUAUCCUCAUACAGGACGAUGAUCUGGACUCCCGAGGGCGGAAACCUCGCAGAUCUGAAAGAGAUGUUACAGACACAUACGAACUCUAUCGAUGAUCGCGGUUCGCUCGUCGAAUACUCGCACCGGAUAAACCAGGACGACCCCAGAGACGUCGAAAUGAUCCAGGCUUCCGAAGAAUGCAGGAUCGCCGUAGUACGGAAACGCAUAACCGACCCUGAGACGAAGGCAGUGCGCGUCGUGACAUCCGUAUGGGCGUUUAGCGACGACAACACCACCCGCGUGGAGCUACGUAUGGAAGACGACCAGAUGUACAUACCGUACUCUAGCUACUUCAACCCAGCCAAAGCCUCCAUCACAGUCCUCUGCGAGCUGAUAUUUCACGACGUCAAGCACGGCAACCGGCCAGUGCGUGUAGAAAAGACUAGCUGGGUCAACUACGUCUUUGACUCACCACAAGCGGCCGCACUCUUCCAAAACGAACUAAUGGGCCGCACCCUCCUUGCGACAUUCCGCACAGAGAAAACAAUGCGCAUCCACGAAGGCCUCUCCAAAUCCUUCUCCUACGCCGAGCAAAUGUGCGGACUGGAGAACCUCCGCGUCUGGGAAGAUAACGACACAGGCGCCAUCAUCGCCCUAAUCCAUUUCUCCGCCGACUUCCGAAACGGCUACUUAGCCUUCUACCUCAACUCCUCCGUCAACCCUAUCAAAGUGAAAGACGGCGGGGACAGAGAGGUCAAGAUCAAAGGGCUGAGGGUGCCGAUUGAUCGCGGCGAUCGCGCGAUGAGGAAAGACAGUUUUGCGGAAGCUGCCACUGCUUCUGUUACAGGGAAAGGCAAGGAGAAAGUGGGGGCUGGGAAGAGUGUGGACAAGGGGAAGGUUAUCAGCGGGGCGAAGAUUGAGUUUGCGACGGAGAUGGAGAAGAGGGAGUUUUUGGAGAUGUGUAGCGAGAUGCAGAGGGAGUUGAUUGAGUUGCCGGAUUUGCUGGGGGUUAAUUGA